AUGGCACCAUCAUCACCACCCCCCUUCACCCCAGAUCCCACCUCCGACCCGUCCACCUUUCAGUCCACCUGGCGCAACAACCCCGACCCCACCGCCCUUCCCUUUCCCCGCUCCAAUCCCCCCUUUCCCCUCACCCCAACCGACUGGCACCAACUCAGUCUGCGCGACCAAGACUCCACACCACACUCAUGGACGGAGUUGCAACACCUCAUCGCAACGCAGCAGCUCGAAGACCUCAAGCGCUGGCCCAGCCAACUAAAAGCCUAUCUCGCCUGGACGACGCACAUUAAGCAAAAAUACGGCGGCGUCCUGCAAUAUCUCCUCCAGCAACGCCUCUUCUGGACGCCGCUGCAACCAGACAAAGACCACAACGCACAGGCGCAACCCUGGCCGUUGACAUUUAAAACACAGAGCGAUAUACCGCUGGCGCAUCCUGCGGAUUACAAAAUCCUACGCAACGAUUGGGGGUAUGCGCUUGAAGACGGGAUCAGGCACCUUGUCGUCUGGCUCAAGCAUCGGUUGCCGGUUGAGGAGGGGACGGGCGCGCUGAGUGUGGAGGGGAGGGCGCUGGUGGAGGGGUUUGUGGAAAGGGAGUUUAGGAGGCGGGUUGGGGAGGAGAGUGUGGGGGAGAAGGUGUUGUGGUUUAAGAAUACGACGGUUUUGCAGAGUGUGAGGAGUUUGGAGCAUGUGCAUGUUUUGGUUAGGGGGGCAGAGGAGGACGUGGUGGGACGGUGGAUGGGGUGA